AUGUCAGAUAACGAAGCUUUAGAUGUCGAAGACUACGCCCAAGCCGGUUCAGGUGCUUCAUUAACCUUCCCAAUUCAAUGUUCAGCAUUAAGAAAGAACGGUUUCGUCGUCAUUAAAGGUUUCCCAUGUAAGAUUGUUGAUAUGUCAACUUCCAAAACCGGUAAACACGGUCACGCCAAAGUUAACAUCACUGCUAUCGAUAUCUUCACUGGUAAGAAAUACGAAGAAAUUUGCCCAUCAACUCACAACAUUGAUGUACCAAAUGUCAGCAGAAAGGAAUACACCGUUAUGGAUGUUCAAGAUGGUUACUUAUCACUCUUGGAUGCUGGUGGUGAAGUCAAAGAAGAUCUUGCCCUCCCAGAAGAUGAUAUUGGUAAAGAAAUUACCCAAAUGUUAAAAGAAGGUAAAGAGCCAUUAGUUUCAGUCAUCUCUGCUUUAGGUAAAGAAGGUGUCGUCUCUGUUAAAGUCAGCAACAAUUAA